AGAAGAACCCACAUAAUUAUUGCCCAACAACUCCGAAAUCACUCUAAAAUAUCACAACAGAACUACAUGAUACUGGAUAUAAUUCUAUAUUAACCAGUCUCUUCUAGUUAGCAAUGGCUGCUCUUAAUGCAAUAAGCCAUCACUUUGCUCCAUUUUCUUUAUAUCCCAAUUACCAUUCACCAUUGAUAUUUGCUUCAAAAUCUAAUCAAGACUCUGUGUGUUGCUUGGCAAUAAGAUCAGUUACAUAUUCUUCAACGAAAAGAUUAUCUUCACAUUCUUUUCCAAGGGGCUUCAAAAUCCAAAGCGCAGCUACAAAACCUGCAAAAUCACCCGCUGAAGAAGAUUGGAAGACUAAGAGAGAGCUUCUGUUAAAGAAAAGGGUAAGGAGUGUUGAUGUGAAGGAAGCAUUGAGACUACAGAAAGAAAAUAACUUCGUGAUUCUUGAUGUACGACCUGAAGCAGAAUUUAAAGAGGCUCAUCCUCCUGGUGCUAUCAAUGUGCAAAUAUAUAGGCUUAUAAAGGAGUGGACAGCAUGGGACAUUGCUAGACGUGCUGCAUUUGCUUUUUUUGGCAUCUUUGCUGGCACUGAAGAGAACCCAGAGUUUUUGCAGAUUGUGGAUUCAAAAUUUGGUAAAGAUGCAAAAAUAAUAGUGGCUUGCUCAGCAGGGGGUACAAUGAAGCCAUCACAAAAUCUCCCUGAAGGCCAGCAAUCAAGAUCACUGAUAGCAGCCUACUUGCUAGUCCUGAAUGGUUACACAAAUGUCUUCCAUUUAGAAGGGGGUCUUUCUGCCUGGUUUAAAGAGGGAUUACCAGCAGCUUCUGAAGAGUGAAGUCGCAGUAUUUUUAAAACUGUUGCUUCUGGGGAAGCUCAAGUUUUGCCCUUAAUGCCAAUGGUUGUAUUUGUAUGACUGACACCACUUUUGUCCAUCGAUUCAGAAUGUUGAUUGUAUCAAGAUUGGGUUGUCAUUUUGUAAGGCUUAAUUCAUCAGUACUCUAUUGUGCUUCAAAUUUUAGUUUAUGAUUGUAAAAAUUGAUUUUGAAUCAGUAAAAGAGAGAAUUUUCUUAA